AUGAAACUGUCGAAAAAUGCCGUACUGUCUAUUCUUUUGCUUCUGACCGCAAACGUAGCGGCCACAUUUCAAAUAGUCUGUGCCACAGACUCUAAUGGCGACUACUACGUCACACCUAAUGGGAACUGCGGUCUUCGUGAUGAGGACGAUCAUACUCCUCCAGCACAAAGUUUCAACAUUGAUAGCACAGGAAAUGUCGUGAGGGCGUAG